AUGUCUGUGUUGUUAAUGUUUAAUAUCGUUUUGACAAUAACCAUAAGGUCUGUUGAAACACAAGUGUAAGGCAGACUACUCUUGUUUCUAGGUCAGUAUGGCUGCAAUGGAAGAUUUUUUACUACAUACUCCGAAUGUAACAUCUCUGCUCAUCACAGUUGUGAUCUUACUUGCUUUCUAUCUAAUAUGCACCAAACUUGCUUCUGAGAGAAACUACCCUCCAGGUCCCACGCCACUGCCGCUGUUUGGCAAUUUGCUACAGUUGAAUCGUCAGCCGCUUCACAUUGCGCUCUAUGAGCUGUCCAAGAAGUAUGGCCCAGUAUUCACUGUCCAUUUGGGGCCCAAAAAGACAGUGGUGCUGGCAGGUUACAAGACGAUCAAGCAAGCUCUGCUGAAUGUUGAUGCCUUUUCAGACAAAGAAAUACUUCCAAUUAUUAGUGACUUAAAAUUAACUCAUGGAAUUGUUUUUGCCAGUGGAGAUUCAUGGAGAGAGAUGAGGCAUUUUGCAUUAACAAACUUAAAAGAGUUUGGAAUGGGAAAGACGGCAAUCGAAGAAAAAAUCAUAGAGGAGUCUGAGUGCCUGAUUGAAGUAUUUGAAGAAAAAAAAG